UCUAUUAUAUCUUUAAUUUUUCCUUUUCAAAAAAAUGGCUCAGAACACUUUUCAGUUUCCAACUUACUUCAAACUACUUCUAAUAAUCAUAACCACUUUGGGAAAAAUUGUGACGAGCCUUCAGCUGGCGGAAGAAAACAUUUCUGAUAAGCUCCGUAACGACGCCAAAAGUCUCUGGAAGGUUUCCAGAGACUACGGCAACAUCGUCCACGAAGUGCCGGCAAUGGUGUUCCAUCCGGCAUCCGUGGAUGACAUAGCGAACUUGAUUAAAUCGUCGUACAGUAGCCAUGUUCCGUUCGCGAUAGCCGCGAGGGGACAGGGCCACUCUACGGGUGGACAGGCCAUGGCUCGCGACGGCGUGGUCGUGGACAUGGGCGCCCUGAGGAGGGAGAGAAAGAAGAAAGGAGUUGGAGGGAUAAGUGUUGAUGUGUGUGGGGAAUAUGUUGAUGUUGGUGGAGAACAACUUUGGAUGGAUGUGUUGAAUGAGACAGUUGAAAAUGGAGUUGCACCUGUUUCUUGGACGGAUUAUUUGUAUUUGAGUGUGGGAGGGACACUCUCCAACGCUGGGAUUAGUGGCCAAUCAUUCAGAUAUGGACCUCAAAUCUCCAAUGUUCUUGAGAUGGAUGUUGUUACUGGAAAGGGAGAUUUAAUAACAUGCUCUAAGCAAAAGAAUUCAGAGUUAUUUCACGCAGUUCUUGGAGGCUUAGGACAGUUUGCAGUUAUAACAAGAGCAAGAAUUUCUCUUCACCCAGCACCCACAAAGGUUAAGUGGAUGAGAUUGCUGUAUAGUGACUUCUCUGCUUUCACAAGAGACCAGGAACGAUUAAUCUCAAUCAAAGCGUUGGAUUAUUUGGAAGGGACAUUGCUAAUGCACCAAGGUCCCAUUAAUAAUUGGAGAUCCUCUUUCUUCCCUCUCUCCGAUCAUCUCAGAAUUGCUUCCUUAAUAACCAAACACAAAAUUCUCUACUGCCUUGAACUCUCUAAAUAUUAUUAUCAUCACCAAUCCCAAGAAAAUCUCAACAAGGAAAUUGAAGAACUGCUAGAAGGAAUGGGCAACAUCCCUGGGUUUUAUUAUGAGAAACAUGUGUCAUAUGUUGAGUUCUUGAAUAGAGUCAGAAGUGGAGAGUUGUUGCUUCAGUCACAAGGGUUGUGGGAAGUUCCUCAUCCGUGGCUUAAUUUGUUCAUACCAAAAUCCCAAAUCAUGCAAUUUAAUUCAGGCGUUUUCAGGGGCAUCAUUUUCAAAAGAAACAUUACCACUGGACCUGUAUUGGUUUAUCCCAUGAACAGAAGCAAGUGGGAUGAUAGGAUGUCAGCAUCAAUUCCAGAUGAAGAUGUGUUCUACACGGUGGGAUUUUUGCACUCAAGUGGGUUUGAUAAUUGGAAUGAAUUUGAUGCUCAAAACAAAGAAAUCUUGAAGUUUUGUAGUGAUAAUGGCAUCAAGGUGAAGCAAUAUCUUGCCCAACACAGCACACAAGAAGAAUGGAAAAACCAUUUUGGGGAUAAUAAAUGGAAGGUUUUUGUAGAAAGAAAAAAUCAAUUUGAUCCAAGAAUGAUUCUAUCACCUGGACAAAAAAUCUUCAACAAUAGUAUAGUAUUAUAUUGAAAAGUAAAUAAUGUUUAUUAUGAUGAUGUGGGUACCUAAUAAAAAUUAAUUAGCUGGGCAUAAUAAUAUUGUAAAUAUCUAAAAU